AUGUCAACUUCUGGACUUAAAAUCCGGGACGUCACCCCACGAAUCACAACAUUCACAGUCCCCUUCAACCGCUUUGCGCCCCUUGGCUACCGCAAAUUCGUCGCUGUCGGCAACCGCGCAACCGCCAUCCGACUACACGAUGGUCGCAUCCUCCUGCUAAACCCCAUCCGACUCAACCAAGCCGUGCGCGAAAAACUCAACCAACUCGGAGGCGUCCACCUUAUCGCCAGCGACCUUGGUCACCACAUGUUCAUCAAAGAGUUUACGGAUGCGUGGCCAGAAGCAAAAACCAUUGGUGUUCCUGGCUUGGAUAAGAAGAGAAAAGACGUGAAGUGGGACUACAUUUACAAAGACUGGACUUCAACCCCUGAAGAUCAAUUUGACUUUGCGCAAGAUGUGGAGACUGUGCUCUUUGAAGGAUUUAUUACAUACUGUGUGGCUUGGUACCACAAGCCGACGCAGACACUGAUACAAUCCGAUCUUAUGAUGAAUUUACCGUCUACUGAGCAAUACCACCCGAGUUCUUCAGACCAAGGUCCGCUCUCACGCGAAUUCGCAAAGAGAGCACACCCAGGAUCUGUAUGGAUGAAGCGGCUUAUCUACUAUAUUGCGACUGUGGAUUACGCUCUUAUGCGGCGUGAUGCGAAGAAAGUGGCUCAGUGGCAGAUUGUGCGUAUCAUUCCUUGCCAUGGAGAUGUUCUUGAAGGUGAUGGUAAUGAUGCCUGGAAUUCUGUAUAUGCAUGGUUUUUGCGUGGGUCACCACAGUCUGGCGUAGUGAACAAGCUGAUGAUUCCCGUGAUGAAAGUUGCAAGGCGGGUGUUUCUCAUGUAG